AGACAAGAAAACAAAUGACCAAAGUUGGACCACAUCAUCUCUCCCAAUUAAACCCUUUUUUGAAUUUUUUAUUUAAUCCCACCAAACAAUAAUUUGGAAAAAAAAAAAGGGUAACAAAUCUUGUCAAUAAUUAUAAUCCUAUAUAAUCAAUAAUCAUAAGUUAGGAUAUUUCUAUUCUUUGGCAAACGAAUAUCCUCAAAAAAUUUCUCACAAAAUCGGACAAAGCUUAAACGUAAAAAAUAGAAAUAUCAGAGAAGUGUUAGAAAAGUAAACCAAACCAAAUCUUCUUUAUCUUCUUAAAUCUGGUCAUUACACAAUUUAAUCCCAGAAAACCCAAAAACACCUCGAAUUUCAGAAAUUUUGAUUUUUUUUUGUUUUAAUUUUUGUGGAGUUUGUACAAAAUUUGAAAUAAAAAAUGGAGAAAUCAGAUGAAAGAUUAGUUUGUGAAGAAAAAUCAAUUUCAAAGUAUCCAUUAACAAUGUGGGAAGUUUCAGCAGCUUUUGGGGUUGUAUUUGCAUAUGGAUUAGGGCUUUUGGGUGUUUAUUUAACUAUGCCGUCUUCUGAUUAUAGCUUACUCAAGUUGCCUCGAACCCUUGAGGAUUUACAAAUUCUUAGAGAUCAUCUCGAGAGCUACACAAGUGACUAUACGCUGCAAGUAUUGGUUGGAUACUCUGUGGUCUACAUUUUCAUGCAGACUUUCAUGAUUCCAGGAACUGUGUUUAUGUCUUUGUUAGCUGGAGCUCUUUUUGGUGUAUUUAGAGGUUUGGCGCUGGUCCUUUUCACUGCUACGGCUGGAGCUUCGUCUUGCUUUUUCUUGUCAAAAUUGAUUGGACGACCUCUUGUUUUUUCAUUAUGGCCGGACAAACUGACUUUCUUUCAAGCUCAGGUUGCAAAGAGACGUCAAAACUUAUUGAAUUACAUGCUCUUCCUAAGAGUAACACCCACACUGCCAAAUACAUUUAUCAAUGUGGCUUCUCCAAUUGUGGAUAUCCCUUAUCACAUCUUCUUCUUGGCAACUUUCAUUGGACUGAUCCCUGCUGCCUUUGUCACCGUCAGAGCUGGAAUAGCUCUUGGAGAACUGCGAUCAAUAGGUGAUCUGUAUGACUUCCAGUCAAUAGCAACACUUUUCCUCAUUGGGAUUGUUUCAGUCACCCCUACCUUGAUGUCAAAGAACAAGACAUAACCAUUUUGCUUGUCUCAGUUAGUGCUGAUACUGCUGAACCUCCUACUUGUGAUCACUUACUUCUGUACAGAUCAUACGGUCAUAAACUGCUCGCUGUCCCUCGCACCACUGCUGAAGGAAUGAGCCCGAGGGUUUUUUUUAGGGAAAGCUGCUUAGGGCCUGAUGUCUAACCUUGGAUAACUCUUGAGAAUAUCAUACCUGUCGACUCCUCUGCUCCAUAAUUGCAUUAUAAGAAGGCCUGUGCUGUGCUGAUAGCUAAAAUUCUGUGAAAGUUGUGGAUAAUAGUUCUAGUAGAUUUGUUGGUUGGUUUUACUUUGCAAUGUAAAAUAUUUGACAGCAUUUUACGUUUUAUGGAAUUUCAGUGCUUUCAUAUUCAAUUUUGU